GACGUUGACUAGUACAGGAAGUUCCUUUUAGUUAGUUGUUAGUUGACAGAUCUCCUUAUUUUGUGAUCGAUAUGAGGAAGUGAAUAUGUAAUAUAUCUCAACAUUGUUGUAGUUGUACUGUUAAUGCGUCGCGCCCGAUAAGCACAGCGGUGUAGUUUGAGCGGGUCACCGAGAGGAUGUCGUGCUCGCUGGAGAAGGUGCUCGGCGACGCGAGGACUCUCCUGGAGCGGCUGAAGGAACACGAUAACGCCGCGGAGGGUCUCAUCGACCAGUCCAGCGUCCUCAGCCAGAAGAUACACAGCAUGAAGGAGGUCGGAAACACUCUCCCUGACAAGUACACCGAGGAAGGCACAGAGUAUCAGGAGCUGUCCAGAUACAAACCUCACGUCCUGCUGACCCAGGAGAACACCCAAAUCAAAGAUCUCCAGCAGGAGAACAGAGAUCUCUGGCUGUCUCUGGAGGAGCACCAGUACGCUUUAGAGCUGAUCAUGGGCCGGUACCGAAAGCAGAUGCUUCAGCUGAUGAUGGAAAAGAAAGAGCUGGACACUAAACCUGUGCUCAACCUUCACCAGGAAAAUGCCAUGGAGGUUCAAAACCAACUGGAACGGAUCUGUGAAAUGGGUCAAGUUAUGCGUCAAGCUGUACAGAUGGACGACCGACACUACUGCUCGGUGAAAGAGCGACUGGCACAGCUCGAGAUUGAAAACAAAGAGCUGAGGGAUCUUCUGUCCAUCAGCAGCAGUGCCGUGAGGCCAAAGAGAGAGGAGACGAGCCCACCUGAGAUGGAUGACAAACAGGACUCUGAAUAACCUGGGACUCUGGGUGACCUGGCGUCCACUGACGUUAAAAUCUGUAUUGGGUUUUCUAGCGUGGUUUAGCUUCCUGCUGCCCGAUAAUGCACUUUCUGGUGUUUAUUGUUGUUGAUGCUGUUCUGAAAAAUUCAGUUUUAAUAUUAGACACUUAAGCAAAUGUGCAUUAUAGAUCAAAUCUGCCUCUAUUUCUAUUUGCAUUUUCAACCAAACAAAACUUUAAAAUGGGGUUUAUUGGCUUAAAUUGAGUUGUAGCUUUAGUUUAGCAGGUUAAUAGGUGGUCUUAGGUCACUUGAUUGAAUAUGGAUAUGUGAAAACAGAUAUUUGCAAACACAUUAACUAACCUCAGCAUAAGAUAGUUGAAUCAUUAAGAAAGUUGUAUGUAUCCGCAGUAUUGCAUCUGUAAACAGUUUGAUGUGAUAAUCUUGUAUGCCGUGUCACAUGUUCAGCACACUUCCACAGUGACCAGAAUCUUCUUAAAAUCGUAUUUUUAUUGUAAAUUGUUGUAUUUUCAUCUCAGGAAAGCAAUCAUGUGUACCACAGUUGUUAUUUUGUAUAACUCAGUAUGUAAAAAAUAAAAUGGAAAUAUUCAAGUUUAAA